AUGAAGGUCAACAUGGUGGCCCUUGUUGGAUACAUCUUGCUCGGGGUGAGCGUACUAUCCGGUUACGAGAACUGGAGUUUUGUGACAUGCUUCUAUGUGAUUAUCCAGAUUGUCACCACUGUCGGCUAUGGUGAUAUUCCUCCCCAUGGGAGUGGCAUGGUGUUUUUGACAAUCUACGUGUUAAUAGGGACCGUGCUUGUUGCAAGUAUCGUGACGGGAUUGGCUGCGUCCUUUCUGGAUGCCUCAGAAAGUCGCUUGCGACAGUCCCUCAGCCUGGUCAAAACGACCUUGGUCAACAGCGACAACUCGGAUGAUGGACUAUGUUCGGUCGAUUCAUCGGUAUCUUCAUCACAGCUGGGGCAGUCCAUCGCCAUCUACCUAUUCUUCCUUGCUAUCUGGGUAGUGUAUUUUGCGUACUUCGAGGGUUGCACCUGCUCGUAUGGAGCAACUCUAAUUGAGGGAUGCAAAGAGGAUGCUUGCAUCGCGAGUGGUGGCACGCAAUUAAGUGUCGAACAAGCCUUGUAUAUGGGGGUCAUCACCUUUUCCACAGUUGGCUUCGGAGACUACACCCCCAAGUCGAGAAUGGGAAGGCUGGUUGGCUCGAUAUUGAUGAUCCUUGGAAUUCUUGCCUUCGGCAAUGUGGUCGGCGAAGUGUCUGGCAAGAUUUCUGAGUGGAUGUCAGACAAGAAGAGAAGAGUAUUGGUUUCCCGGGAUGUAUUCCAGAAGAUCGACCGAGAUGGGUCGGGGAGAGUCAGGCGCAACGAGUUUGUGACGUACAUGCUCAUCCGGCAAGGAUUGGUGUCGACCGAGGCGGUCGACGUCAUAAACGACUUGUUUGACGCCAUGGAUACGGACAAGAGUGGCGUCCUGACAUUCGAUGAGAUUAAUGGCAAGCUCUUGCCGAUGGAUUCGUGA